AUGGAUAUCCCCUGUACCAUCAGUUGUAGGCUGUUAAAGUACGAUGUACCUCUUGUGGACACUGCUAAGGACAUCCAGUCCUUCAGACUCAAGAAGCUUCGACCAGACACAGUCUAUGUCACUCAAGUGCGCUGCAAAAAUGCUCAAGAAGGCCACGGUUACUGGAGCAACUGGAGUACCAAUGCUACCAAAAGAACACCAGAGGACCAGAAUGAAGAGGAUGAAGAAGCUCACGAGUCCAGAGAAACACCAAUUCCCGGUUUUACCAGUCCUGCUGUUGAAACAGUUCAAGAACAGACACAUCUGGAUUACCUGCGUGUGAAACUCCCAGGCCGUUGGAGCACAAUGACCCAGAUGAGCUCUACACAAGCCUUCAGCAGCCAACAAAUGAUGUCUACCAAACUGUCUCCUCAGUACACCAUCAACAUGACGCAGAAAUCUAUGAAAACACUCAAAAGACAAAAUCACGAGGAGCUGAGGAUAGUGAUGGUGGGGAAGACUGGAGUUGGAAAGAGUGCCUCUGGAAACACCAUCCUGGGAAGACGAUGCUUUGAAUCAAAGUUCAGUGCUAAGUCUAUGACUGUAGACUGUUCUAAGGACAGAGGUGAGGUGUUUGGACAACAGGUUGCUGUUAUUGACACCCCAGGCUUGUUUGACACCAGGUUUGGCAUGGAUAGAACAACUAAAGAUGUGACCCAGUGCAUCACUUAUGCUGCUCCUGGACCCCAUGUCUUCCUGGUGGUCAUCAGACUGGGAAGAUACACUGAAGAAGAAAUGAAGACGGUGCAGAAGAUUCAAGAAAUCUUUGGUCAGGCUGCAGACAGAUACAGCAUGGUGCUCUUUACUGGUGGUGAUCUUCUUAAAGGUACCCCUAUUGAAGAGUUCUUGGGUGAAAGUUCAGACAUACAGGAACUUAUAGCCAGAUGUAACGGCCAGUAUCAUGUCUUCAAUAAUGAGCUGAAAGAUGGAGCUCAGGUCACUGAGCUGCUCCAGAAGAUCAGAAACAUAGUCCAGAAGAACGGAGGAAGCCACUACACCAACCAGAUGUUCCAAGACGCUGAGAGGGCAGUCGAAGAGGAGAAACGACGCAUCCUCUACGAAAAAGAAGAAGAAAUACGCAGAAAACAAGAACUGGAGAGGAAAAUACAGGAAAAAUAUGAGAAACAGAUGGAGAGAAUGCAUGCCCGACUCCAGGCUGAGAGAGAGAGGGAGAUGAGAGAGAGAGAGGAGGAAAGAAGGAGGGAAAGGGAGGAGAGGGAAAGGGAGAGGGAGAGAGAGAGGCAGGAAAGAGAAGCCGCAAGGGAGAGAGAGAGAGAGGAGAGAGAGAGAGAAAUUGCAAAUAUGCAGAGACAUUUAGAGGAAGAACGUGAAAGAGAACUGGAAGAGGAAAGAGAAAGACUGAGAAGGCAAAGACAGCUGCAGGACAACAAUGAUUGUACAAUUCUCUGA